AUGCCGCCGAAGAAGGCGCGCUCGAGUUCCCCCUCGACCGAGCGGCGUGAACGCCUCACGUUGGCCAAACUGGCUAGUUAUGACGAUGUCGCAACUGAUGCGCUCGUUGAUCAUGCAUACUUCUGGACAACCACGCGCAAGAACCGCACCAAGUACAGCCCUGCCCGCGGCAUCCACGACGACGAUGUUGGCCAUAUCCUCCUCCACAAUGUCGUCGUUUCCAAGGAUAUUCCAGAGGCCGAGCGCAAACUGCUAGAACUCCCGGGCCUGAGAAAGUACCACGCCAACCUGCGCAGCUCUCGUGAGCAGGAAUGGUUCCGCCGACACCUCCGCAAAUACAUCCAGAUGUACCACCCGGACUGCCCUUACGAAGUGACCACUACAAACCGAUACAUCAUCACUGAGCACGAGGCCUCCAUAUGUGCUCGCAAGCCUAUCAAGUCAGGCCAGGAGAUCAAGUUCUUGAGCGGAACUCUUGUUUCCAUGACCAAAGAAGAAGAGCUGGACCUUGGCCUGACCCGCAAGGACUUCAGCGUGGUUAUGUCUAGCCGUCGCAAGACCCCUUCCUUCUUCCUGGGCCCUGCUCGCUUUGCCAACCACGAUUGUGAUGCCAAUGGCCGUCUGGUCACUCGGGGCACCGAGGGCAUGUCGGUCAUGGCCACGCGCAACAUUGAGGAAGGUGAAGAGAUCACCGUCUCCUACGGCGAGGACUACUUCGGCAUUGACAACUGCGAAUGCCUAUGCUUGACAUGCGAACGUUCAGUACGAAAUGGCUGGUCCCUGCAGGUGGACUCGGACUUGAACAGCAGAGAGACUUCAGUGGAUGAGGAUACGCCCGCACUCGCAGAAACCAAUAUCAACAACAAGAAACGCAGGCGUAAUUCUGACAUGGACUCGGAAGACUCGAACUUACUCUCUACACCUCGAAAAAGAACCAAAUUCCGGCGUCAGACUUCGAAGCUGCGCGAGGAAAUCUCCGCGUCUGAGCUCCCUAAUGAAUCCACCGCAACCCCUGAGUCGGAUAACCCCUCUACCCCGGGCUCCGAUUGUCCAACUCCUCUGCUCCCCGUCCCGACUGGGGGUGACCGACCAUUGUCGAAUCUCAGACAGGAGAUUAUUCUAUCGGAAGUAUUGGAGCCAGCUUCUGAGACAUCGUCAGCUGAACCUCAGCCUUCUAUUGAAUCGAAUGGAAUGACCAAUGGUCGACAUACAGCACCUGCGGACCCAGAAUCUCCCAACUCUGCUGCGGGUGAAUCUCAGCGGUCAGAGUCCAGUAUUCCCACCUCGGUGGACGAAAAUGGUCCCAAAGCAAGGGUUGCGAAAAUUGAACAGGCCAUAUCAACAACUCUUGAACUCGACCAAGCACUUCAAACGGUCGUGGAAAAGACUCCCAAGCGCCGCAACAAACGCAAGUGGCAUAUCAUUGCCUCCGUCGAGACCGAAGUACCCAUUGUCCGAGCUCCAGGAGACUACACCAAGACCCCGAGACUGCUUGCCCAAAAAUACGAUCGCUGGGUCGACUGCCAGACCUGUGAAUCCUGGUUCGUCCAAUCAAAUUCCUACCAAACACGUCGCGAGUGUCCCCGCUGUGAGCGACAUUCCAAGAUCUACGGCUUCCAGUGGCCAAAGACCGAAGGCAAAGACCGGAUCAUGGACCACCGCAUUAUCCACCGAUUUCUUUCACCUGAAUCAGAGGCUCGUGUCUCCCGUCGAGAUCGCGGCGUCAGUUUUGGAAUAACCCCGACCCCGGAAUUGUCGGAUACACGCACUGAGACUGAGGCGAGUGAAGCACCCGAGCCUCGCCGCAACACCCGCGCCAACAGGCGCCUUCGCAUGACGAUAUAA